AUGAUAUUUCCGGCCUUCGUUGCAAAUCUGGAAGACACAUACGCCAACAGCUCUUCAAGUUCAGGAGGCCCCUACGAGAUACCAGACCAAGUCGUUGAGAUAGGGUUCCCUCAGAUCAUGCAAUUCACUUGGACUCCAUCAUCCUCUACAAUGGCUCUCUUCAUCUCUGAACCAGGCUCACACACUAAAUAUGCAGCCUGUAUGCCACGAGGCUGGCAAGGGCCGACAUAUCUCUUCCCAGGGUCCAGCGUUGCUGGAGAUCCGAUAUCGUCUGGACUCAGAUCCGGCGACGGCUUCAUCUUUCAACUCCCCGGAAUACCCAGCUACAACACUCCUUCCAGCCAAGUCACUAUGACCUAUCAUCGUUCACGGUCAAACCCUCGAUACAGUUUCUCGAUGAGGGUUGAACAUGGUGGAAGUCGCAGAACAGAAUCCUUCGAGUGGCGUAUCUCUUCAGAAGCUCGGAGCAGCGCUUAUAGCAUGGUUUGGGAACUUGUAUCACUAGGUCGUACAAGCAAGUCAGAUUCACACCGGUCUAGAAGCUACGAAGUUGUUGCAAUGAUACACGAAGACAAUACUUUAUCAGGAUCAGUGUCUGUUCAGAGGUCGGGGGGCUUCCAAUUUCUGGGCAGGGCAACUACAGGUUCAAUGGGAUAUCACUGGACUGUCACGGCUUUGAUGAGUAGUGUAGCAAUUUUGCAGAAUGCCAAUCGGGAGUAG